AAGCCGGAUUCCCAGGUUCGAAUCCACGUCGGGCUGUGCCCCCACGCGACGGGCCGCAGGCUCUGGUGUUGCCACCUGGGGGAACAGCCCGAAGUCUGAGGAGGAGCCUCAGACCUGCUGUCCGGAGCCAGCGGGCAGGUGCUUCCGGUCGAGCUGAGAGGAGGAAGAGGAGGAAGAGUCUCGCCCCCGAACGCGAACCCGCCGAGCAGAGCGCCGGCCAUGGCGUUCCGGCGGAGGCCCCGGCAGCUCUUCCGGCACACGGACGUGCCGGCCCGGGUCACCGAGAGCUUCAUCCUGUCGGGCUACCGCUUCCCGGACUGCAGCUUCUCCGAGUGCCUGGCGUCCGCCUUCCGGCCCACCAACGAGACGGGCAACUUCUGGACCCACUUCCUGGCCCUGUUCGUCUUCGCCUUCCACUGCCUGGAGCCGGCCGGCGGCGGGCAGGCCCGGGCCCUGAGCGACCCCUUCUUCUACCCCUUCUGGACGUACGCGCUGGGCGCGGCGGGGCUGCUGGCGGUCAGCAGCCUGGCGCACCUCUUCAACGCCAUGUCCCUGCAGGUGCGCGAGAUCUGCUUCUUCGUGGACUACGGCACCAUCAGCGCCUACACCGUGGGCUCCUCGCUGGCCUACUUCUACUACAUCCACCCCCGGGCCGGCCUCGCCCCCGCCGGCGCCCGCCGGGGCAACGCCUCCCAGGCCUGGCCGCCCGCCGCCGGCCCCUCCCCCCCCCGCCUCGCCCGCGGCUUCUUCGACACCUUCUACAUCCCCAGCACCUGCCUGGUGGCGCUCAUCUGCACGCUGGCCUGCUGCAGCUCGCGCCAGCGCUGGCGCCGGCACCGCUACGUCAUCCGCACCCUGGUCUUCCUGCUGCCCUUCGCCGUGGCCUCCGCCCCCAUCUUCUACCGCCUCUACGCCGGCCCCCCCGGCGGCGGCGGCGGCGGCACCCUGGCCCCCUUCUUCUACCGCCACUGCUUCUGGCUGGUCAUGUCGGCCCUGAUCAACGUCAGCAAGAUCCCCGAGCGCCUGUCGCCGGGCCACUUCGACAUCUGGGGCCACAGCCACCAGUGGUUCCACUGCUUCACCUUCCUCAGCAUCCUGGACGAGCUGCGCAUGAUCAAGGCCGAGAUGCGGGAGCUCUCCGGCGCCGCCCUGCUGGCCGGCGCGGCCGCCGGGCCCACGCUGCUCUCCACCUACGGCGUGAUGCUCGGGCUGCAGGGCUGCAUCGCCGGGAUCAUCUCCUGGUUCUCCCUGCGGGCCCGCGAGGACCCCCGCCCCCCGCAGGCCCGGCCCAAGGCGGAUUGAGCCCUCGCUGGGGGGGCUCGGUUUCGGGGCGGAGGACGCCGGGGGUAGGUGGAGGGGACGUGGAGGCCGAUAAGACUCCUGUUUGCACAUCCUGUAAUCCG